UUUACAGAAGCGGUGUGAGUGGAUUUUUGGGCUUGGGCACCUAUUUUUGAUUGGGGGUAACGCGAUCCUGGCAGCUGAGAAUCGGGGAUUAAUGCUGCUGUUGGCAUACAGAAGAUCCACAUGAAUUUACCCCCCAUGGCUGGUACUUGUCUACAUCUCGCCCUAUACGUGGGGUCAUGGCUGGUACUUCUCUGCUCGGCUGCCCAAGGUCUGGACCAGACGGCCUUUCUCGAUUCUUUCGAAAUUAUAGUCCCUCAGAAGAUUACACGGGCAAGAAGAGAUGCAGCCGAUAAGGAGGGUUCACUUUCUUAUAUGAUUGAGGUAGAAGGCAAGAAAUACAUCCUACACCUCGAAAGAAACAGAGACUUUUUAGCUGAGUCUUUGGCUGUUUAUACAUAUGCAGAAGACGGAAGUAGACUGUCGAGCCAGCUUCGAGAUCAGGCUCACUGCCAUUACCAAGGGUAUGCAGAAGGGAUCCCCGAGUCCCUGGUAGCCGUCAGCACCUGCUCAGGCCUGAGAGGCUUGUUACACCUGGAAAACAGCAGUUAUGGAAUUGAACCUUUGGAGUCUUCCUCGAAAUUCCAACACUUGAUUUAUGACCUGAAGGAUGUGAAGAAGGAACCUGUGAUGUGUGGUGUGCCAAGUCCAGAAGCACAGGCCCAUGAGAGUCAUAAUGACUCGCCCAGUAUGACUCGGCUACUGCGGAGGAAGAGAGCCAUCCUGCCACAGACGAGAUAUGUGGAACUGUUCUUGGUUGUCGACAAGGAAAGGUAUGACUUGGUGGGCAAGAACACCUCAGCUGUGACUUUGGAGAUGGUGCAGCUGUCUAAUUAUCUGGAUGGUAUGUACAAAAUGUUGAAUAUCCGUGUUGUCCUCGUUGGGAUAGAAAUCUGGACGGACGUAAACAAGAUAAGCAUCGACGGGUCGGCAGGGGAUGUUCUUGGACGGUUUGUGCAGUGGCGUGAGAAGAAUUUAGUCCCAAGCCGUAGGCAUGACAGCGCUCAGCUUAUCCUGAAGAAAUCCUUUGGUUCAACAGCAGGCAUGGCGUUCGUAGGCACAGUGUGUUCUAGGAGCCACGCCGGUGGUAUUAAUGUGUUCCCACAUAACAACGUGCAGAGUUUCGCUUCAAUCGUAGCCCACGAGCUUGGCCACAACCUCGGCAUGAACCAUGAUGAUGGCGAUAGAGGAUGCACAUGCGCCGUGGGAUCCUGCAUCAUGGGCUCCGGGGCUUCCGGCUCCAAGAAUUUCAGUAGCUGCAGCGAAGACGACUUUGAGAAGCUGACGCUCAGUAAUGGCGCGACCUGCCUGCUGAACGUGCCAAAACCGGAUGAAGAAUACAGCGUGCCCUUCUGCGGCAACAAGCUGGUGGACCAUGGAGAGGAAUGCGACUGUGGAAGUGCCAAGGAGUGUGAAAAGGAUCCGUGCUGUGAACCUGGGACCUGCAAGCUCCGUUCAGGAUCUCAAUGUGCUUUUGGAUCCUGCUGCCAGAACUGCCGGUUCUCCCCUGGUGGCACGGUGUGCCGGGCCGUGGCCAAUGAAUGCGACCUCCCAGAGUACUGCAAUGGCUCCUCAUCUUCCUGCCAACCGGAUGUCUUCAUCCAGAAUGGACACCCAUGUCAGAACAACCAAGCUUACUGCUACAAUGGCAUAUGCCAGUAUUAUGAUGCACAGUGCCAAACCAUCUUUGGAUCCAAGGCCAAAGCAGCUGCUCCGAUUUGCUUCCGGGAAGUGAACUCCAAAGGUGACAGAUUUGGUCAUUGUGGAUUACAAGGCAACGCUUAUAGAAAAUGUGACAGCAGGAAUUCCCUGUGUGGGAAGCUGCAGUGUGAGAAUGUUCAGUCGAUGCCAGUCUUUGGCAUAAAACCAUCCAUCAUUCAGACCCCCAUACAAGACACGACGUGCUGGGGCGUAGACUUCCAGCUGGGUUCCGAUGUUCCCGACCCAGCCAUGGUGAACGAGGGCACCAAAUGCGAUGAAGGCAAGGUUUGCAGUAACUUUAUGUGCGUUAAUGCAUCCAUUCUGAAUUAUGACUGUGAUGUACAGAAGAAGUGUGGUGGAAAUGGGGUCUGUAACAGCAAUAAGAACUGCCACUGCAAUGAGGGUUGGGCUUACCCCACAUGUGACACCAAGGGACAUGGGGGCAGCAUAGACAGCGGUCCAACAUACAAUGAUAAAGACACAUCUCUCAGGGACGGACUGCUAAUCUUCUUUUUCCUCGUUGUGCCACUGUUGGCCCUCGGAGCCUUUGCGUUUUUCCGGAGAAAUGAAUUGAAGAGAAGAUUCUGCAAGAAAAAGCGUUCAAGAGCGCAUGAAGUUGAUAAUAGAAACCAGGCAGGCGGGCAGAGGAAUGCCGGAGGCCCACCAAGGAAUGCACCAGGCGGUGCACCCAGCAGAGAUGGUCCACCUGCAGGCCAGCCAAGGAAUGCACCCCAUGUUCCCCCUGCCCGAGUCCCUCCUCCUCCUGGGCCACCAAGGAAUGCACCAAGUGGCCCUCCAAGAAAUAUGACACAAUCGGCACCCAACAGAAACAUCCAACCUACUUCUCCCAGUCAUGAAACUCCACAUAAGCCAAAUAACUUCGCUGUUCCAACGUAUAUGGUGAAACCACCUCAGCCGACACCAUCAAGGCCGCCGCUUCCUCACCAAAGUAAAGCCCAUCCCAACAUUGCCCCAUCUCGCCCGCCUCCUGCACCACCGGUAUAACCGUUAAUAUUUUCACCAGACUUUUUCACUGACUGGGCUCAUCUUUAUUUCGAUUUUGAAGAAGAAAAA